AUGUACCGUUCUCUCAGCAUAGAAAACUUCCGUCUAUUUGACCGCCUCAAAGUGGAGCCGCUGUCUCGCAUCACCCUGAUUGCCGGCGAAAACAACGUGGGCAAGACCGCUUUGCUGGAAGCCUUGUGGUUGCUCAGCCGUCCCUCGCACGCAUUGGAUGCGCCCCGUGCCAUCAGGCGCCGCGGCGUCCGAGGUGGUGAGCAGGAGGGACUGUUCGAAAGCUUGUUUUUCAACUAUGAGACCGGCCUGCUAAUUGGCUUGGAGGCAGAGAAUCAGGCGGGAAAUGGUGGCGUGAGCCUUACUAUCAAAUGCCAGCCAAGAAAGGAGCGGUCCCUUGUUGACUGGUCUAACGAGUCGGAUACUGAAUUUGAAAACGCGUCCACCAAUGUGGUUGAUUUCGAUAGCGAGUUGGUGUUCCAGCAUACAGACGAGUCCGGUCACAAUUACCGAACUACCGCCUGGAUUGAAGCGGAAACAAAAACGGGGAUGCCACAAACCGUUGUAAAGCAAGACACGUUUCCUAGCUCGACUAGCAAUCGCCCUUGCGAGUUUGAAUCUCCAGGAAAGAGGCACGGCGCCCGCAGCUUGGCCGCCCUCUUUGGCCGAGCACAGAUGGGGAAUUAUGUGCCCCAAAUCGAAAAGGCAGUACGUCUACUCGAACCGAGAUUGCAGCGACUGGAAGUAAUCACCGACCGCCGCGGAACCCCCGAGAUUCACGCAGACAUUGGCAUAGAGAGACCCUUCCCAAUUUCGGUCAUGGGGGAGGGGACCAAGAGCCUGCUGGCUCUGGUGCUUUCGUUUAUGAAGGCCAAGGACGGUCUUUUGCUGGUCGAUGAAAUCGAAAACGGCAUACACUACAGCAAGCUUCCUGAAGUUUGGAACACGAUUGAGCGGCUUUCCCGCGAGUUCAAUGUGCAGGUAUUCGCCACUACCCACAGCUACGAGUGCGUCAAGGCUGCGCAUGCUGCAUUUAAACAUGCCGAACUGGAUGAUGAUUUUUCAUUGAUGCGAUUUUAG